AUGCAGAUUGCUCCAAUUGCAGUCGGGUCCCUCAAUCACUUUGGUGGCAAAGAUGACGACCGCGUCGUAGUAAACAUAUUGAAAUGCCUACCUCCUCGCACCCUCAUAGACACGGCAGAACUGUAUGGGGAUGGUGACACCGAAUCGGUCCUUGGAAAAUGCAUGACACUUGCCGGUCAGCAAUGGGCGACGGAUAACGACGAUGAUUCCAGCAGCGGUAUCUACUGCGCCACCAAGUACGCCCCAAAUAUGUUUAGACGUAAACCAGAAGAUGUGGUCCAGGCCUGUCAGGAAUCCAUCUCGAAACUGAAAUGCCAACCCUUGCAUUUAUAUCAGGCUCAUUAUUCGGCGAGCAUUCUUCCCAGCUUACCUUUCGUUGGGCCCGUGCGAGAUGAAACUGUCUGGGAAGGUCUUGCCCAAUGCUAUGAACAAGGCUUGGUCGAGAAUAUAGGCGUUUGUAACUACGGACCCAAGUUGAUUCGGCAAGCGCAUGAUUAUUUUGCAGCUCGAAAGAUUCCACUAGUGUCCAACCAGGUUAACUAUAAUUUGAUGCGAGCAUCGGCGGCACUGGAGACUGUCCAGGUCUGUGACGAGUUGGGUAUUGCUGUGCUGGCAUAUCAUCCUUUGGGGAAGGGCACGCUGACAGGCACGUAUGACGAGAUGGAUGAACCAACCAUGAGUAAGCUCAAGGGCAAGUACAGUUACUACACGCUCAAACGAUGGCUGAAAAGCACACCUGAACUCCGAAAAGCGAUAUCCCAAAUAUCAUCAUCAACCGCCAUGGAUGGCAAUGCAAAAAAACGCAGCAGGUCGCAAGUAGCGGUUAGCUGGGUUAUCAGAAAAGGACGGGUUCCAAUUAUUGGGGCACGCUCAGCGGAACAAGCGCAAGAUCUUUUGGAUGCUGUCGACUGGGAACUAACGGAUGAACAAGUAGUCAUACUGGAUGAAGCAGCAGCCUUAGCAAACUCCAACUGGACUGUGCUGGGCAAAGAAUUUAAGUUGGUAUGA